GCUCCGGGCGUGUGAGGAAUGCGCUGUAGUCCCUUCGGCUGUCAUUGUUAGGAAGCAAGCAAGCAAGCGACACAAACUCCCCCCCCCUCUCCUCCUCCUCCUCCUCCAUCACUUCCAGUAAAACAAUGGAGCUGAGUCACCAUGGACAAAAUAGAGAACACCGACAAGAGGAAGAAGACCGGAUCACCGGAUGGUGGCAGCUCAUUCCUGAGAUCCACUUCUGCGUGUGGACGACUGACAGCGCUGACUGAAACCAGACACACAUCCAGCCGCAGACUCUGGAGACCACAGAAGAUGAGCACGUCCGAAUGGUCCAACCGGACCCUCCACCUGGAGGAUGCCCUGACCAGCGCCCUGGGUCGUUACCUGGACAACUGGAGGCGUAACGCGUCGAGGGCGGAGGAGGCGCUGGACAAACGGCUGGUCGAGGAGAACUUCAGGAAUGUCAUCUGGUACUUGGCAGUGGUGAUCGGCAUGUUCGCCUUCAUCAUCGUUGCCAUCCUGGUGAGCACAGUCAAAUCCAAGAGGAGGGAGCACUCGAACGACCCCUACCACAAAUACAUCAAGGAUGAAUGGACCGCAGAGAUUCAGCAGAGCUACGUCAUCAACAACCUCACGGCUAACUGACGCCAAGACGUGAGACACAUGGCACAUCAUCAACCUCACCUUCGUGAUCAUUAACAUUGUAAUUUUCACUCUCCUCAUGUGUAUCUCCACCAAAUGUGUCAUUUGUCCAGAUUUACGCAGGGCCACUGAUAAUUAGUGACACUUGAAGAAACGAUGAUUUGAAUAAAGAGGUGUGAUCACCUGACA